AUGAACAUCAAUCAGGCGAAUGGCUCACUCAAGGCUCCGCAGAUAAAUGCAUUCACUGAGUCUACCUCUCCGCCGCGUAAGGCUUCUGCGCCCGCCGGGAAGGGAUUUCUAGGUGGUCUUCUCAGCAUUGCUACUAGGCUACGAUUCUGCUGCCGGUGCCAGUCCAUCUACCAAAUCUUGUACCGAAAGAUAGCUCUAGAAGCAGGCAAGGUGCCAUCCAAAAGUUGCGGCUACAUAAAGUGA